ACGCAUCAUGCCAAGUUGAAUCGCUGGAUGUUAGUGUUCCCUACAUUUGUGUUACUUAAAUCAGAUGCUGGGUGGCAUUCAACGGCGUAUCUCAACUAUAUUUCCAUCUGAUUUCGUCUCCGAAGUCAAAAUCCACACCUUUAGUCUUUUACAAACAUAAUGAUAGAGCUAGAGCUUUUCUACAGUCAGUUGUCCUCCAUAAUGGAGGUUCUGGUGAAAUCCGCUAUAGCAGACAUCGGGAAACUAAUGGAGGACUAUACAGCUUCGCUUCUAGAGACAUCACGAGGCCGGAGUGAAAGUGUGGUUGCAAAGAGUAUCACUAUACCGCCAAAGCAGAGAGAUAAAGUAGCAUCUCGAAAGGAAUUUAGCGUUCUUGAUAAAAGACAGAAGGAGAACGUAAACUGCAGAAGUGACAGUGAUCACGUGGCAACUCAUCUCGAUUGUGACCGAACACUGCAUCAAAACAAAGAUAAGAAUAACCAUGGACAGACCUCUUUGCAUCAGGACUGCCGGGUGUGGAAUGACCUGCAGUCGUCAGAAGAAAGCUAUCAACAGCAAGAAAUAUGUGUCCAAGAACAUAUUAGUUUAACCCUUAAAGAGGAGCACAGUGAGCCUUUGCCGUGCCUCAUUAAACAGGAGAUGCAAGUGGAGGAUAACUUGUUGAACACAGUCCCUGGAGCAGAAAGUGGCUGGAGUGAAGAGCAACAUCAGGUGUGCAACAUAAAGAUGGAGAGGCUAAACACCUGUAUUCAAAACUCACCAACAGGGGACAGUACAGAGCCAUAUGGCAUUUCACUCACACUACAUCAGCUGAGUCCACCUCAGUCUGUCCACCAGGUGGAGUCAGAGAGGCAAGGUCCAAAUUCAGAUUUGGAUACGUUGGCAUCAGGCUUGCAUAUGGGGAGCUUGGGCAAUCCCUUGCCAGACCACUUCCUACACAGUCUAUCCUACUGUGACUCAAACCUUCCCCAAAAUUGCCCUCCGCUGCCCACGGAUCUUCACGUAUCUGCUGAGAAAGCAGCUCCAGGGCUUGGGUUCACAGCUGGCCAUGGUGGUGAGGUGGCAGCAGCACGGAAGCCUAGAGACUCAUCCAAGCGUGAACGCUACGCGUGUAAAUACUGUGGGCAGGGCUUUCCCUACCUCAGCCAACUGAAGCGGCACAUACCCAAGCACACCAAGGAGCGACCGUUCGGCUGCAGCCUCUGUGGCUUCCGCUUCACCCGGAUGAGCCACCUGAAGAGGCAUGAGAGGUCUCACACGGGUGACCGCCCGUAUGCCUGUGAGGUGUGCAGCCGAUGCUUCAUCCGCAAGAGUCACCUGGAUCAGCACCUCAAAACUCAUCGUAGAACUGCACUGCAGUACAGUGUACUUGGCAUAUAAUAGUUUACUGCCAUGGAGAAAAAAUGUAUAAAUUCGGGAUGAAUUUUUUUGUGUAUAUCCUGAAGUUUAAAAAAGGUGUGCCCUUGAUUAUGCUGAUGUAGAGACAAUAAAUAGACCUUUACAUACACACUAAUCAAUGAUUUUUGUAUGUAUCCAAGUGCUUUCUAUACAUAAUAGGGGACUGUUCUCAUCACUACUAAUGGAUGCGACAUGUCACACAUUGGCUGUCUGGUGGGGAAGUGAGUUUAAAUUUAGGAGGCCCCGAAUCUGCAAGAACCAGAUUAUCAGAAUAAUGCGUUUACUGCCCCAUUCAUGUUAGGUGUCUGAGGAUAUUUUGAAACCACGGACAGUUAAAGGAAAACUUGGAAAAUGGCUUACAGUACAGUCAGGGCUUUAACUUUCUCUUCCUCCGGUCUCAGACAUAGCACCCCAUUCAGCGCCUGUAGUCGUUUGGCUUGGAGAGUGGUGCUGGAGUGGGCACUCAAAGUAGAGCGCCUCCUUUCGAUAAUCGACUAGAGGCACCGUGUGGGGUGCUAGACCGGAAAAAGACACUGACUGUAUAGGUAUCCUUUUCUACCGCUUCUCUACAGUUAUUGAGGUAAACAGACACAAGUGUAUAUCUGUAGGGAUCCUUUCCAUGUUGUCAGACCUUUAUAAUAACAUGUAUGACCCUGUCAGUGGUGAGAACAAGUAGCUUACUUUGACCUGCCAGCUUGCCACAUAGGAUUUAAUUGUAUAGCCAUUUUGCGGUUGCCAGUUUUAGUGUUCUAACUCAAUACUGGACUGUUUGAUCGUUACUUGUCCUAAGUAAAAGUUUGGACCCAAAAAGAUAUCAAAUUAAAGUCCAUGAUUCUCUUUAUUGUCUUGGUUUUGCAUCAGGCACAGCAGCAGUGUCCCCAUCACAGGGAUCUGCACAAGCUACAGGAUGAGGGUCACCUAUAAUGACAUUAGUUUUCCCUGUAAGUCUCUUAACCAGGUUCGGCCUGACCUAAACCUCUUAGUCUGCCAUUUGGGACAGUAUGAUGUGAAGGGAUCUGUUUUUGUCAGAAUCAUUAAUGUAUUCAAAAUUCCUUAUUGUUUGUAUAGUCAACUGACAUUCCGCUCUAACACACAUACCUACCCCACCAGACGUGCCACCAGAAACACAGUUUCUAAAUCUAGAUCACAAUCAAAACAGCACACAGUAUUGUAUCUAGCCAUUGUAAAAUAGAACCCAGCUCUGAUUGCUAAAGCACACAAUGAAACAGUGAAACAACACCUGAUAACCCUAAGUCUGAAACCAUAUUUUGUACAUUUUAUAUAUAUAUGAAUAUCAAUAUGUAUAAACAUGUUGUAGGAUUUCAAUUUGUAUGUAUAGUUGCUCAUGAACUACAUGUGUAUUAGUAUGGAUAACUGAAUAUGAUUACGAACAUAGUGAUGUGUUUGUGAGAUGUUGAGAUAUUUGUGAAUAUUUUUUGUUAUACUUUUCUCUACUUAUUUGUAUUUCUUGUGGUUGUUUUGUCCUACCUGUUGUCAUGUUUUUAUGUUUUGUGUGGACCCCAGGAAGAGGUUCUGCAUCAGCUAAUUAGGAUCCUCACAAAAUCAUAAAUCAUUAUAUGCACUUAUGGAAACUUUAAUAGUUAUUUUACAUAUCUGUCUUGUGCUGUAACAGGAAUUCUUGGUUGAUUUACUGAACGUAACUCUGACUAUGUGAAGGCCGCCUUUGUUUUAAUACCUCUCUUUCCUGGAAUUAUUUGCACACAUGCCACAAAAUGAAUGUGUAAUUGAGGAGAGUUAUUGUCUCAGACAGCUUGUAUUAACAUAUUUUGUUACUUUAUGUUUUGUAUCCUUUUGAUUUGGGUCAAUUUGUUUCAUUUUAAGUUAAUGUUAUUGUUUGUCUCUUCUUGAUGUUUAGAAAUUAUUUUUUAUUGUUUAUGUAUUUUGUACUAGGGCUCACUUAAAAUGCAAUCUGAAUGGGUUACCCCCCGGAUAAAUUAAAAUGAUUUUAAUAAUUUAGUAACGCUAAUAUUUUCCUGCUACUGUGUUGAUUCCUUGUUCUGAACUUGUGGAUCAAAUGUGUGCAUUGCUGUCCGUGCAUAUAGCAUUUGGUGGUAAUUAAAGUUUAAUAACUAUGACGGACUAUUCUUAUCACAAAACGACAACAAGAAACUCAAAAAAACUGGUGCGUCUGACAGGAUGCGCACGCGCUGACGGUAAAGUCGGUGUAAAAGUACAAUGUAGAGGAAUGUAACGCUCGACGUCGUUGAUGUCGCGAAAAGGAGAAUUGGAUUGAACUUGAUCGGGCAGAGUCUAGGAUGCAACGUAGCCAUCAGCAUUAUGUAAGACAUAGGCCUCUGAAACCAACUAUUUUAAGCAACGUGUGAUGUAGUGAGAAGGAAGUGGCAAACCCUCAGGAAGUAACUACCGUUAAAGCUGGGUUAGACCCUUCUGAAAUGACUAUUACAAUUGCAAUAGGUCCAUAAUAAUCCCUUUGGUCUUCAGUUUUGUAAUUUAUUCCCAUAGUUGUAGUAGUAGUAUUAUAGCAUAGUAUUUAUCAAUAUAGCUGUUCAGUCUUGAAGUGUGCUAUAGUUUUUGUAAAGAGAAGCAGUCUUUGUCCCCAGUAUCCUGUCCCUGGUGGACAUUUCCUCAGUUUCCCCUAAGGGACUUUGUGCAUAGACCAAAAGACCACAACACUCCAGUGACAUCCAAACCUGACAGUAAAGAGAAAAGAAAAGGAAACUGCAGUGAGUGAUACGUGAACGCGAGGAGUGUUACAGGGGUGGGCCUGAACAGGUGGAACACUGCAGCAAUUUCCACUCCAUUAGGAAACUCAAGGGAACCCAGUUUCAGGUGUUGAGGAGGAAGAUGCUUGGGUGUGAAGAAGGGGCGCGGCUGCGCUACAGGUUGACCCUCGUGUCAGGGCUGCUUGAAUGCCUCUGUUUUGCUGGUGUGGUGUUCGGCUGGGCCUCGCUAGCAUUUGUCCUUAAAGUGGAUGGCUACUUCAUUGACCUCUGUGUGAACGUGACGGAACCCAACAGUACUCUUCUGAAUACAGACUGCAGUGGGCAAGAUGAACAAUUCUCCUUGGUCUUCACCAUUGCUUCCUUUCUCAACAACUUUCUCACCUUGCCCAAUGGCUUCAUUUUUGACCGCUUUGGGACUCUAGCAACAAGACUCGUGGGAAUAUCCCUUUAUACCACAGGGACACUGUUGGUGGCAGCAUCCAGUGCAGCGCUGUCCUACUUGCUCUUCCCAGCUAUGUCCCUCAUUGCCGUGGGUGGCAUUUUGUUUCUCAUAACAAACAUGCAGGUGGGGAACCUCUUCGGCACACACCGCUCUACCAUCAUCACCCUCUACAACGGGGCCUUUGAUUCCUCCUCGGCUAUCUUUCUUAUUAUCAAGGUGCUGUUUGAAGGUGGAAUCUCUCUGCGACUCUCUUUCCUUGUCCUCUCUGCAUGCAGUCUUGUCCAUGUUCUUCGCACCAUCUUUCUCAUGCCCAUAAAGCACAUACCUUACCCCGUUCCAGUGGGCUACACAUAUGGAACAAGCUGUGGGACGUCAAGCAGCUACAACGUGGAGGAGUAUGAGAGCACCCAAGUGGCCGAGCCGUCACAGGGAGCCAAGGGACAGAGGGAGAUGGAAAGUCUUCCAUUAGAGCCAGAGGAUGCUCACCAGUCUGGGAAUGCUCCAGGGAAAGAAACAAGUUUUAGGUCCUGCUUCCUUUCCUGGUUCUUCUUGUGGCAUCUGCUCUGGCUCUCUGUCAUGCAGCUUCGGCACUACCUCUUCAUUGGCACCUUAAACCCAAUGCUCAACCGACUGGCCAACCAAGAUCCCACCCUGGUGAGUCAGUAUACCAACGCCUUUGCCUUCACUCAGUUGUGUGGAGUUCUGUGUGCUCCCUGGAAUGGCCUCCUUAUGGACAGACACAAGGGCAAGCCAUUGCCAUCAGGAAUGACGGAGAGGGAGGCUGACCUGCGCUCCUCUGUUCUCUCCCUCUUCCUGACCUCCCUCCAGUGUGUGCUGUUCUCCAUCUGUGCCACAUCCCCGCUCCUCCCGCUCCAGUACGUCACCUUCAUUUUACAGGUCAUCAACCGAUCCUUCCUAUAUGGUGGAAACGCCUGCUUUAUCAGUAUUGCGUUCCCUGGCCACCAUUUUGGGAAGUUGUAUGGCCUGGUGAUGUCACUAUCUGCUUUAGUGUCGCUUCUUCAGUACCCCUGUUUCGCCCUGGUUAAAGCACUAGAUGGGGAUCCCUUAUAUGUCAACAUUGCUCUGACGCUCCUCACUUCAGUGGCAUUCAUCCACCCUCUGUAUGUCUACCUCCACUGCAGAAGGCUUGCCAGUGAGAGAGAGCAGGGGACAGGCAGGGCAGGCUCUGAUCUUCCGUUGAGAGAGGCCAAACUCUAGAAGGGAUUCAAAUGCAAACCUUGCAAAAACCAACAACAGCACAGUUGGCACUGAUAAAAGCUUAUUGGCAGGCUAGCGGGUGUAUUUUGGUAAUGUAGUUGGCAAUGACGUGCUGUGAAAGCUACAUUUUAGCAGGGACCCCAGAACUACAUAGUACACUAGCCUAGUGAAAUAGUGAAUAGUGAAUAGUGACUGAAAUAGUGUACUAUGCUAGUGGGAAUCACAGUGUGUUUACAUUUUGAAGGAAAAACCAAAAACAAGUUGCCUAUAAAAACAUGCCUCAAAAAGUAGUCAAUUCCUGCAUAGUGUUGCUUUAAAUAUGUUAUUAUGAGAACAUUUUCAUUUUAGCUCUGGUUUUGACAGCUGUUCUCAUCAAAUGUUUUGAUAUGCAGUAUAUUUUAGUAUUUUGUAUUAUUCCACUAGAACUGUGAAGUGCUGGUCUUACAAGCAAUACACUCAUCAUCAAAUGAGUUUUCUGGAUUUUUACAGCUGUUUUAUUAUUACUAAGUGUUUGUCAGCUUCAUCUGUGAUGUGUUAUACAAAAUAAUACAAAACAUUAUUAUAAAAAAUUAAAA